UACUUGCGUGACAAAUUGCAGCGAAGCAGCGCCAAGAACAAUCCAAUGUUUUUUCCGCAGUGAAGCAAGCGACGUUCUGUGUUGUUCUUAUAAACAGUAUAUGGUUGUGCUGCUUUCUCCCUCACCACAUACUGUAUAACAAAAGACCACAGCAGGAAAUCUCCACUGAUUUAACCCGGUUAAGGCUUCACAAUGGACAACAUUGCAGUUUCAAGACAAAACCACACCUAUAAGAAAGGAAACAAGGAAAAUGCUCAGCCAGCAUAUGGAAGCAAGUCCUUUAUUAAAAGAGAUAAAACGUCUGCUGCUCCCUUCCAACUGAAAAGCAACAAAAAAGAGGAAACCUUUGCAAAAAGUGGUCCUGUUAAAGCCAAAGCCAAGCAGGCGGACACAAGGUCAACGUCUGGUGAAGCUUUAAAAAAAGUAAAGACUGUGCAGAGAGACGUGAAAGGACCUACUGACGUCGGACAAGCACAUAGCCAGGCCUUCCUCACUGAACAGGAUGUGAAAGACACAAUAAUUAUAGCAGAAGCUCCAAAGCCACCAGCUCCUGUGCCAUUAUCCAAACCAGCUCCCGGGAUGUACAAAGGCAAGAUUGUCCAGUCAAAAAUCGGAUCUAUUCGGAAGUCAAGUGUUCCCACUCAGGGAAGUAGGACCCAGAACUCUAAGCCAAAGAUCCCAGUGAAUGACAAGAAAGUCAACAAAAUUCCUGUCACAAGCACCCUCAGCCACUACAAAUUUACCGUGGAGACUGCUGAGGAAAGAAGAGCGAAACUGGCAGAGUGGCUAGCUUCCAAGGGCAAGACUUUAAAGAGACCAGCUAUGACAACAGCAACACCUUCAAAACCCAAAGUCUCUGCAAAACCUGAAGCUGAUCUCAAACCUCAGUCUCAUGCUGAUCCUCAGCCAGCUGCACAGUGCAACCCUGAACCCAGUGUGGAAGCACACGAGUCGGACUCUGCUGCUGCUCACUGUGCAGAUACCCAGGGAGCAGGGUUAAUGAUACACAGCCAAACUCCUAACCCUGACCCACAGGACAGAGCAGAUGAUAUUGUUGUGAACCUGUGUGAUGUUUUGGAGGCCAUGAAGCUGAAGAAUGAAAUGUCUGGGCAGCCAAAGGUUGAGCAAGUGAAGCAUAAAGGAGAAGAAAGUGGGGAGGAAGACGAGACGGAUGUCGAGGAAGUAGAAAGUGAUGAGGGUGUGAUGGAGACGACGCCACAGAUGGAGGAUGCUUCAGUAGUGAAGUACAGCGUAAAAACCACUCCAUACCUGCAAAGUGUCAAGAAGGCAAUCGCAGAUGAUGCCAGUAGAAGUACAUCCAGGAGAAAGAGCAACAUCAAAGAUGUUAAGUUUCUGACACCUGUGCGCCGUUCCUGCCGCAUAGAACGCAAAUCCACCCGUCUGCCGACGAUGCUGGUGGAUCAUGAUCCUUGUGUGUCGUCAUUAGCUGAGCUGGUGAAGCUGGAUGAUGAUGAUGCCAAUGCCUACAUCUACAGAAAAAACCCUGCACUUCUGGAAGAUUUGCCAGACCAGCCCAGAAUUGUUGUGAACCUGUGUGAUGUUUUGGAGGCCAUGAAGCUGAAGAAUGAAAUGUCUGGGCAGCCAAAGGUUGAGCAAGUGAAGCAUAAAGGAGAAGAAAGUGGGGAGGAAGACGAGACGGAUGUCGAGGAAGUAGAAAGUGAUGAGGGUGUGAUGGAGACGACGCCACAGAUGGAGGAUGCUUCAGUAGUGAAGUACAGCGUAAAAACCACUCCAUACCUGCAAAGUGUCAAGAAGGCAAUCGCAGAUGAUGCCAGUAGAAGUACAUCCAGGAGAAAGAGCAACAUCAAAGAUGUUAAGUUUCUGACACCUGUGCGCCGUUCCUGCCGCAUAGAACGCAAAUCCACCCGUCUGCCGACGAUGCUGGUGGAUCAUGAUCCUUGUGUGUCGUCAUUAGCUGAGCUGGUGAAGCUGGAUGAUGAUGAUGCCAAUGCCUACAUCUACAGAAAAAACCCUGCACUUCUGGAAGAUUUGCCAGACCAGCCCAGACUGUGAGGAGCUCGGUAUGCGUGUGUGGUUUAAAAAAAAAUCCUUCAGAAAUGUUUGGGACUGGAGCUAAUAGACCCUUUAUACUGUUACUUUUUAAAUAAAAAAAAAUAAAAUAAAAAGUUUUUAAUCUA